AUGGGGCCCCUGUGUCCUUGCCCAAACUCAAAAAAGCCUAUGAAAAAGGUACACAUCUCAUGGAGCCCCCUACUGACCCCAGACCCCAGCAAUAGGGGAUCAUGGGGCCCCUGUGUCCUUGCCCAAACUCAAAAAAGCCUAUGAAAAAGGUACCAGGGGCAUCUCAUGGGGCCCCCUACUGACCCCCGGGCCCUCGGGCAGUGCCAAAUGUUUCCAAAUGGUCAGUCCGCCCCUGGUUACAAGCAUGGCUCCCAAAGGCAGAGGCAUGAUGGGACCAACAGCUGGAGGGCCACAGUUGCCCACUGCUGCCCUAGG